UAAAAACUAAAGACUACAUUGGUUAAGCCAAACACCCAAAAAAGAUGUGCUUAUUUAAACACCAUCUCCUUUCUCUCAUAUCAACUCACAGAUAGAGAGAGAAACUCUACACUCUAUACUCUAAACUCUAAACACCCAAUAGUUAGAGAGAGAAAGGGUGUGUUUGUAACUAACUGACAUUUUAGGAGGGAAAAAAAGCCACAACCCACAAUACACAAUCCUGCAACAACUACUAGUAUUUACUACUAGCAUUAACAUAGCUUUCUGCCUCCCUAUACUACUCCUUUUUCCCCUCUCUCUGCAUCAACCAAACAUAGAAAGAUUGUCUGUUAGAGAGAGAAAGUUUUUACCUAAAACCCACAAAAACCCAGGUCCAAAUUUUGCUUUUACUUGCCUAAAUUGUUGUUUUUAUAACAAAAUUUGACCUAAAAGUUUAAAAAAGUUAGAGAUUUUUCAUUGAGUUUUAGAGUGAGAAAGUUGAUUUGUAUUAGAAAGUUUAGAUAUGUUUGCUGCUGAGAAUGGUUUGAGAGGAGAUCCAAGGCUUCAAGCCAUUUCUGAAGCUAUUAGGGUUGUUCCUCAUUUCCCUAAACAAGGUAUAAUGUUCCAAGAUAUAACAACAUUAUUGUUGGACCCAAAGGCCUUUAAACAUACUAUUGACAUAUUUGUUGAUAGAUACAAAAACAUGAAUAUCUCUGUUGUUGCUGGUGUUGAAGCUAGAGGAUUCCUGUUUGGCCCCCCAAUUGCGCUAGCUAUUGGGGCAAAGUUUGUACCAUUGCGUAAACCAAGGAAAUUGCCUGGAGAAGUUAUUUCCGAGAAUUAUGAUCUCGAGUAUGGAACCGACUGUUUGGAAAUGCACGUUGGUGCAGUUCAGCCUGAGGAACGUGCAUUGAUAAUCGAUGAUCUAGUCGCUACUGGCGGUACACUUUGCGCAGCUAUUAAACUUCUUGAACGAGUUGGUGCAAAAGUUGCUGAAUGUGCUUGUGUAAUCGGAUUGCCUGAAGUUAAGGAUAAGUUCAAGGACAUGGGAACGCCGCUCUAUGUUCUUGUAGAGCCACGCAUGUUAGAAGACAGCCGUUUAAGGUCAAAUACAAAUGUCAAAAAUGGACAUGCGUAGACCAGUGGAUGGUUUUGAACCAUCAAGAACCUAAGCUCGUUUGAUCUCAUUAUGUUGAUGGAGGCAACAAUCUAUUGAAAGAUUGACGAUGGCGAUACUGAGACAUGUUUCUUACUUGUAUUGAGAACUCUACUCUUACCCCCCUUCCCACCCUCCACUAUUGCUGUGUAACAAGUUCAAACUCAAGUUGGAUAUGUGUUUUUUUAUUCAUCAUACAAGUUUGUUCUAAAAACUUGCAACUGUUAUUGCUCCUAGACAUGCAUGUUUCCGUUUGAUAGAGGGCCUAGAACACCGCCUUGACAAGGUGGUGCUCGUUGUAUCGAUUGAGGGGCCAUUGUUUUAGUGUUAGAAGUGGAAUAUAUUAGCUUGGAUAUUCAUUCAUGUAGAAUUGUUGAAUCAACAAUCUAGUAUUUCGCAUGA